AUAACCUACGGGUAUACGUGAUACACGAGUUCCACGAAAUGAAUGAUGAACAGGGACAAGAUCUGGAUUUUGAUGAUAAAAUUCUGCAAGAAGAACAAGAUAUUUCUACAGCAGAUGCUGUUUCGUUAUUUAAUACAUCACUUGCUAAAGCACUAGCACAACAGAAGGAAGACAUUCUGGGAGAAAUACGCAAAACUCAGUCUGCCGAACCAGUACCUCCGGGACCUUCUACUAGCGUGAAGUUUCAUGGGACACAAUACAACGAUUCACAUAUAGAGAUAAGAAAUUUUCUGGAUACAAUGAAGAGAUUCUACAAAUCAUCAAGAGCAGCAAAUCAGACCAACAAAAAAUACAACGAAUAUUUCAAGAAGUUCAAAGAAUGGUGCAUCGAAAAUCAUUGUCAAUAUCUACCUGCACUGUUCUAUCGGUGGCCGUGUAUUUAAAUGGAUUAGUGCAACAAUCAGUGUCAUAUUCAGUUUUGUGUGCUCAUUUUUAUAGCAUUAAGUGGUUUCACGAUCUAAGCUUGUUAAAAAACCCAUGUGACGACAAAUUAUUCCAAAUGAUGAUGUAAGGAGCCAGGAGGAUUCUUGCAAGGCCUACCGUUAAAAAAGAACCAAUUACUGCAACGCAUCUACAGAAAAUCAUCCAGAAGUUCGGAAAUGAUCGUACACAUUUACCAAAUGUAAGAUUAUGUACAAUGAUGUUGUUAGCGUUUGCAGGAUUUCUACGCUAUAGUGAGCUGGCAAAUCUUAAAAUGUACAACGUAAAAUUUCAUGACAGUUAUGUGAUUGUGAAUGUCGAACGCUCCAAGACCGAUAUUUAUAGGCGUGGAAAUUCGUUGCAUUCCAUACUUAUCACGUGAUUACAUACUAUAUAUAUCCUCACGCUAUAACCUACGGGUAUACACGUAUAUUUAAAAAUGAGAUAAACAUUAUGCAUUUGAUAUUUUAUGUAUGUUUACGGUUCUGAAUGUAUUGAUUAAUGAAAAAAUUAUUUAUAGUAGACUGAAUCAAUAUUAUAAUUAUAUAAGGCAAUGCAAAACAAAAGGUUAUAGCGAGUACCAUUCCUAACAUAUGAGUUCUUUUCAUUGCUCUCAUACUUAUAUAAUUGUUUUAUAUUCGGACGAACAUAGUGAAGGAGAAUAUAAGUCAACAGAUACUCGAGCAAUAGACAUGUAGGACUAUAUGUAUAUAUAUAUAUAUAGAGAGAGAGAGAGAGAGAGAGAGAGAGAAUAGCAUACAUGUAUGACAAUGGCAGUUAAACAAAGUGAGCAAGAGUAACAGACAGAUUAGAAAAAUAAUGUAGAGUAAAUAAAUUAAGAUAACAGAGUGACAGUCCAGC